UAAUUUGGUCAUGGCAGAUAGUAGUAGUGUUGCAAGACAAGGAGGCACGGGCCGCAAGAGGAUCGAAAUCAAGAAGAUAGUAAACAAAGACAACCUCAUUGUCACCUUCUCUAAGCGUAGAAAUGGCCUCUUCAAAAAGGCAAGCCAAUUAUGCCUCUUGUCUGGUUCUGAGAUUGCUAUCAUCGUUUUCUCUCCUGGAGAAAGGCCAUACGUGUUUGGCCACUCAUCUCCCGACACUGUCAUCCAUCGUUUCUUAGGUCCUGCACAUAGCCAAGGUGAAAUCUGCGGUGUGAAUGCCAAGAAUCAUAGGGAAAAGAUAGAGGUGAGAGGAGGCAACGGCACCUGCGAGUUUUGGUGGGAUGAGGAGUUUGAGCAUAUGGAGUUGCAUGAACUUCAGAGGUUCAAGUUUGCCUUGGAAGAGUUGAGGACCAAGUUGGCCGAGAAGACGGAGGAAACAGAAAGGAGAGUGUUUGAGAGGGAUUAUUUGGGUGUAAAUUCGGUUAAGGUAAUCGAUCCUGUUGUUAGAACAGGAAGGAGUUAUCCUUGACUCGCAGUGUCUUGGCUGGCAAUUUUGUUUUUGUUUCCAAACAGUGAGAAAUACG